AUGGUUACCGACAUUAUUGUUACUCUCCUAAACAAUCAUUUGCGAUAUUCGGCCGCGUACACGAUCCAGUCACUCCAUUAAUAGCUAGUACAAUCGAAUGGAACUGUAAAGUAAGCAAGACACAAGUGCACUCGCGCAAAAUGGCUAAUCACCACCGACUCUUACGCGGCGUCGGAUCUCCGGCGAUUAGAAUCAGACUCACAGGUUUCGUCGCCACUAUCGCACUCUCCCUCUUCGCUCUCUCCUUCCUCUUCGCUUCCGAGUCUAAUAACGAUUCACCUGAUCUCCUCCUUCCCGGAGUCGGAUCCAUCAGAAGAUCCAUGUUGGAUAUCAAACCGGAUCCGCUCAAGCCGCGCCUCCUCCAGAUCCGGAAACAAGCCGACGACCACCGAUCGUUAGCCCUAGCCUACGCCUCGUACGCUCGGAAGCUCAAGCUCGAGAACUCGAAGCUCGUGAGAAUCUUCGCAGAUCUCUCGAGAAACUACACAGAUCUGAUCAACAAACCUUCCUACCGAGCUCUCCACGACUCCGACGGAUCCUCCUCCAUCGACGAAUCCACGCUUCGUCAGUUCGAGAAAGAGGUCAAGGAACGGAUCAAGAUGACUCGCCAGGUGAUCGCCGAAGCCAAGGAGUCGUUCGACAACCAGCUCAAGAUCCAGAAGCUCAAGGACACGAUCUUCGCCGUCAACGAGCAGCUGACCAACGCCAAGAAGCAAGGCGCGUUCUCGAGCUUGAUCGCCGCGAAAUCGAUCCCGAAAGGAUUGCAUUGCCUCGCGAUGAGGCUGAUGGAAGAGAGGAUCGCUCAUCCGGAGAAGUACACCGAUGAAGGGAAAGAUAAACCGGCGGAGCUAGAGGAUCCGAGUCUUUACCAUUACGCGAUCUUUUCGGAUAACGUGAUCGCAGCCUCGGUGGUGGUGAACUCCGCUGUGAAGAACGCGAAGGAGCCGUGGAAGCACGUGUUCCACGUGGUGACUGAUAAGAUGAACCUCGGGGCGAUGCAGGUUAUGUUCAAGCUCAAGGAGUAUAAAGGAGCGCACGUGGAGGUGAAAGCUGUGGAGGACUACACGUUUUUAAACUCUUCGUAUGUUCCCGUGCUGAAGCAGUUGGAGUCUUCGAAUCUCCAGAAGUUCUAUUUCGAGAAUAAGCUCGAGAACGCGACCAAGGAUACUACCAAUAUGAAGUUUAGGAACCCCAAGUAUCUGUCGAUAUUGAACCACUUGAGGUUUUAUUUGCCUGAGAUGUACCCGAAGCUGCAUAGGAUACUCUUCUUGGACGACGAUGUGGUUGUGCAGAAGGAUUUAACGGGGCUUUGGGAGAUUGAUAUGGAUGGGAAAGUGAAUGGAGCUGUAGAGACUUGUUUCGGUUCGUUCCAUCGGUAUGCUCAGUACAUGAACUUCUCGCAUCCUUUGAUCAAAGAGAAGUUUAAUCCCAAAGCGUGCGCGUGGGCUUAUGGGAUGAACUUCUUUGAUCUCGAUGCUUGGAGAAGAGAGAAGUGCACUGAAGAGUAUCACUACUGGCAAAAUUUGAACGAGAACAGGGCUCUGUGGAAGCUGGGGACGUUGCCACCGGGUUUGAUCACGUUUUACUCGACCACAAAGCCGCUGGACAAAUCGUGGCAUGUGCUUGGGUUGGGUUAUAAUCCGAGCAUUAGUAUGGAUGAGAUCCGUAACGCUGCGGUGGUACACUUCAACGGUAAUAUGAAGCCGUGGCUGGACAUUGCCAUGAACCAGUUUAGGCCGCUUUGGACCAAACACGUUGACUACGACUUGGAGUUUGUCCAGGCUUGCAAUUUCGGCCUCUGAACUAUGAAUUUUAUUUUUUUCUACGAUAUUUGUAACUUAGUUUGUUCUGUCUGUUUAUUUAUAUAUUUUUGAGGGGAAUUAGAAUAAUUGUAUUUUGUUCAGAGCUGUAAUUCUACGGCAACCUAUAAUCAAACUUUUAAUAUUAAUAUCAAACAGGAAUGGUUGUAAUUCUAAA